AUGGGCGCGGUGACCCUGCAGUCGGCGCUGGGAAACCCCACGCUGCAGCAGCUAGGGAGGACAGCCGUCGAUUGGUGUCUCUUGUCUACAGCUGGAGAUGCUGCUGUUAUCAUUGACUUUGGUCUAACUGCACGGCUGAGUCGGCAGGCAGUCCCCAACUUGGCUUCUGAAGUGAGCAAGUUAACACAAGAGCAGAUCACAGAGUAUAAAGGAGUUUUUGAGAUGUUUGAUGAGGAGGGGAAUGGAGAUGUGAAGACUCAGGAAUUGGAGAGGCUGAUGAGUUUAAUGGGAAUCAAUCCUACAAAGAGAGAGCUCAGCCAAAUGGCCAAAGAUGUGGACAAAGAGGGAAAGGGAAUAUUUAACUGUGAUAGCUUUCUGGGUCUAAUGGCGUUGUACCACGAAAGAACCAAGAACCAGGAUGCUGAACUCAGAGCUGCCUUUAAAGUAUUUGACAAAGAGGCCAAAGGAUAUAUCGACUGGAACACACUCAAAUAUGUACUAAUGAAUGCAGGGGAACCGCUUAAUGAGAUUGAGGCAGAGCAGAUGAUGAAGGAGGCAGAUAAAGAUGGAGAUGGAACCAUAGAUUAUGAAGAAUUUGUGGCCAUGAUGACUGGAAACUUGUUCAAAAUGAGCUGA